CUCUUCUUCACGUCUGGCUGCUUCCAUUCCGACGGGGAGUGCCUUCGGGUUUUUACUUUCGUUUUUGCCCCACUGUGAACAGGAAGUUGAAACACACUCGCAUUCGCAGGUCGCUCUCGUCUACCCGACUUGGCGACAUGUCAGAUCUGGUGCUGUACGAGUACCAGAAGGAGGUGGUCCAGAGGGCACUCCGCGGGGAGAACAUCAUCGUGUGGCUGCCGACAGGAGCGGGCAAGACGCGAGCCGCCGUCUACGUGGCCCAGAAGCAUCUGAAGACGACCAAAGUGGCCAAAGUGGUGGUCCUGGUCACCACGGUGCACCUGGCGAAGCAGCACUACAGCAAAGAGUUCUUCCCCCACCUGGGGCGCGACUACGCCGUGAAGGUGGUGAGCAGCGACAGCGAGGAGAAGGACUUCAUGCGUGCGACGCUCAGCGGGACGGACGUACUCAUCUGCACGGCGCAAAUCCUCUUGAACGCGCUCGGGAGCGACGAGGAAGCCAAGCGCGUGGAGCUCUCGGACGUCACGCUGCUGGUGGUGGACGAGUGUCAUCACACGCGCAAGGAGACAGCGUACAACAAGAUCAUGAGGCUCUACCUGGAGAAGAAGACGAGCGGCGACGGACGCUUGCCGCAGGUCCUCGGCCUCACGGCCUCGCCGGGAACGGGAGGAGCCAAAUAUCUGGAAAAGGCUGUGGAGCAUGUACUACAGAUCUGCGCCAACUUGGACUGUGCCAUCGUCUCCACCCAAAACUUCACCGAGGAGCUCAACGCCAAAGUUCCCAGACCGCAUAAAACCUUUGAGAUUGUGGAGAAAAGGAAGCAAGACCCGUUCGGCGAUCACGUGCAGCUGCUCAUGCGACGCAUCCACCGCUUCUUGGAGCCGCUUGCCGACCUCCCGAACGAGUUUGGCACCCAGGAGUACGAGGGCGAUGUGGUCGCGCUGCGGAACAGAGGCGUGAGAGAGUGCAACAGGCGACUGCAGCAAUGCGCCAUCCACCUGCGCGAGUACAACGAGGCGCUGCUGGUGAACGACACGCUGCAGUCGAAGGACUCUCUGGAUUCCCUGGAGGACUUCUACGGCGGCAGAGAGAAGGCCGUCCUCGAUGACACCGACCGCUUUCUGCUCGAUCUUUUCCGAGAGAACCGGAGUAAGAUGAGGACGCUGGCGGCCGACCCGCUUUUUGAAAACCCCAAGAUGACGCAGCUGGAGACCACCCUGCUGAGACACUUCAGCCCCAACGUGAAGUCUCGAGGAAUCGUGUUCAGCAAGACUCGCAAGAGCACCCGCUGCCUGCACCGAUGGGUCCUCGACAACCACGUUCUGCACUUAGCCGGCGUCAAGCCCGCCAUCAUAAUGGGCAGCGCCGCCAUGACGCAGCACGAUCGGGACGACGCCAUCCGCAACUUCCACCAGGGCUCGGUCAACCUCCUGUUAGCCACCAGCGUGGCCGAAGAGGGUCUGGACGUCCCCCAGUGCAACCUGGUGGUCCGCUACGGCCUGCUGACCAACGAGAUCGCCCAGCAGCAGGCCAGCGGUCGCGCCCGGGCCCGAGACAGCCACUACUCGCUGAUCGCCCGCCGCGGCGGCCCCGAGGAGCGACGGGAGAGCCUCAAUACUUACCUGGAGGGGCUCACCGCCGAGGCUGUGGAUAGAAUCCACCGGAUGAGCCCGGAAGAGUUCGACACCAAGAUUGCCGAGCUCCAGGAGCAGUCGGCCGCGUGCGGCCGGACGGCGGCGGUGCGCAGGGCGGAGAAGAACGGCCGCUACUCGGCCGACAGCGUCCGGCUGCUGUGCUCCAACUGCUUGACGCCUGUGGCGCGAGGCAGCGACAUCCAGCUGGUGGAGAAAACUCAUUACGUCAACGUCAACCCGGAUUUCAAGAGUCUCUACAACAAGGGCGAUCGGAUCAUCUUGGACAAAACCUUUGAGGACUGGGAUUUGGGCUGCAUCAUCACCUGCAACAUAGACAAUUGCAACAAGCAAUGGGGCUCUGAGCUGCAGUACCGCAAGGUGGCGCUGCUGCCAAAUGUGGCCAUCAAGCACUUUGCCCUCGAGACGCCCGACGGCAGGACCACGGUGAAGAACUGGAAGGACAUCCCGUUCAGCGUGGAAGACUUCAGCUUCAGCGAAUACUGCCUCAAAAACUGCGCAGACCUCCUGGACUAACAAGCGAAUGCUAACGCUGUUAAAAGUGCUUGAAACAUACCUGGGUGCAAUUUAGAGUCUCAGAUUCAUGCAUGUUUUUGCGAUGUGCGAAGAAACCGGAGUGCCCGGAGAAAACCCGCGCAGGCACGGGGAAAACAAGCAAACUCCACAAAGACGGGGCCUGGAUUUGAACCCCAGUCCUCAGAACUGUAAGGCAGACAUAUCAAACCAGACGUUCCGCUGUUCUGCCUGCUCUCUAAUGUAUUCUGCCCCCCCCCACCCACCAAAAAAAAAAUACAAAUUAUAUAGCAUAGUACAGUUUUGGAUUUAAUUAAUUCUAAAGUACUUUUGAUAAUAUGCACUAUGUAUUUUGCAGAGGAAAAAAAACGAAAAUAAAACAUUUUUUUGCCUUCA